UCCUGGACCUGCCUCCCUCCCCGUCCGUAAGUCCCGGUGCCAGCCUGGGUCGCACUCCGCUCGGAUACCUACCGCCGGAUUCUCGCUGGAGCUAUGGCCGUCAACCUGAGCAAGAACCGCCUGGCGCUGCUCACCGCGUACCAGGACGUGAUCGACGAGGGCUCCGACACCGACUGGGCGCUGUACACAUAUGAAGAGGAGACCAAUGACCUGACACUAGCCGCUUCAGGAGGAGGAGGUCUGGCAGAAAUCACACUCACGUUUGACAACAGUUUGGUGAUGUACGGAUUCUGCAGCAUCAAGGAGCCGACUGCAGCUCUGCCCCGAUACAUCCUCAUCAACUGGGUGGGAGAUGACGUCCCGGAUGCUCGGAAAUGCGCCUGUGCGAGUCACGUGGCCAUGAUCGCAGACUUCUUCCAGGGGGUGGAGGUGAUAGUGAACGCCAGCAGCCUGGAGGACAUCGAGCCGUCCGCGAUUGGACAGAGGCUGACCAACGGGACGACAUCGGUGGCCAGUCCAGUUCUGAGCCGCCUUAAAACCAGAGAGGACGAGCACCCCGACGUGGGAACAGUUUAUGAGAAAACCAACGCAGAGAUGGAGAUGAAGAAGAUCAACAGAGAGGAAUUCUGGGAAAAGGCAAAGAUGGAAGAGGAGCUGAGGAAGGAGGAGGAGCGCGUGAAGGCGGCCGAGGAGAGACGGAAAUUUGAGGAAGAACGGAUGGAACUGGAACGACUGGAGCAAGAGAACCGAGAGAAGAGAUACAGAGAGAGAGAGAGAGAGAUCGAGGAGCACAGGAAGAAACUACAGGAAGAGGAGGAGGCAAAAGAACGACAGAUGAACCAGCCCUCUGUGGCGUCAGAUCCAAACAUCGAAGACUUGAGUUUGGACAAAAAGGAAUCAGAGGUUGAGGAAGCGAAGGCCAUCAUCGCUCAGCGCUCAGGAAACCCUCGAGAGUUUUUCAAACAGAAAGAACGCGCCAUGACCAUCUGCGUGGACACGUCUCCUGUAUCUGUGCACCGGCCUGAUGAAAUUGAUGAAACUGAAAACAAUGUGGACGAUGAUGACGCCGAUGAAGGCACAAAGCGCAGCAUGUCCACCGUGUCUCCAGGGCCCAAAACCUUCAGCACAGCAACGAAAGAGGACAGCGCCGACCUGUGGGAUCCAUUCCCCAAACACGAGUCCACGCCCCCUGUGCAAGACUCCGCCCCUCCGUCCAAACCCGUGCAGAGCGUGGCCCCUCAGCCCCAGAACUCCUUCUCCGUGUGGGACAGUGGAACGGACAGCCUGGUGGAGCUCUGGGACACCAAGCAGGACCAGGCCCAGUCCCACCAGGCCGCUCAGUCUCACUGCCCCCCCCUGGUGGAGCUGACGGGCGACUGCAGUGCUACCUCCGAGGCCGCAGGGGCCAGACCUCAGCCCCUGCUCAGCUUCGACGACGUCAUGGAUGGGACGUUCUGCUCCGUGAACGAACAGGAAGACCCGCCCAUGACCCUGAGCUACCAGCAUGCACUGCAGCACGCGGCCAAUCAGGAGCCGGAGCUGGAUGACGGACAGUUGCUCAUGACCAAUGGGAAUGGGGACUCGCUGCUAAAGGAGGGAACUCAGGCCAGCGAAGGAUAUUUCAGCCAAUCACAGGAAGAGGAGUUUGGCCAAACAGACGAGUCCUCUGCUAAAGCCACGCCCAUCUUUUAUAACAAGCCUCCAGAGAUUGACAUCACGUGUUGGGACACAGAUCCGGUGGUGGACGAUGAAGACGACUAACAGCCAAUCAGAGCCAACCAGGAAGAGGAAGUGCGCUUCACCAGAUAAUUUUUUAAAAAACAAAAGAAACAAAAAAAGUAAUAAUUAUAAUAAUAUUAAUAAUGAGUCUUGCAUCAGAACUACUUGUGUAUAAUCUUUUAGAGGAAGUGAACCUGUAGCCUUCAGAAUAAAAGCCUUGCGUUGAAGACUUUGGACGGCUUACUUUGGGUUCCGAUCUUAUUUAUUGUUUCUUGUUUUAUUUUGAAAGUGUUCAGCUCCGGUUUCACUUAGAGAUUAAAUAUGGCGCCGUUUUCAAUCGUUUUCGCAGAACAUGUAGCUUCAAAAUUAAAGCAAUAGUCGACUAGAAGAGAACUUGAAAUUAUAAUGUGUUUUUGACCGUACCAAACAUGUGUGCUUUUAUUUUUUAGUAAUACCAAGCUACAUUUUUGUGCAUCGAAUUACACCUUCAAAAUAAGACGUGUUCAAAAUUUAAGUGCAUUUUAAGCCGCUGUACCUGAUUUUUUUUACAGUUUUAAAACGCAAAUAACAGAAGUAGUUUGUUUUAAAUGGUUUGCAGUGCUCCAACUAGCAUGCUAACAGUGCACUUCAGACAGUAAAAUGGUGAAAAAUGAGAUUAAGACUUAUUUUGACAUGCUUAACAAUUUAUCUGUGCAAGAAAAAUAGUAGAGGGGCGUCUUCAACUCGUGCUUAAUCCUUAAAAAACCUGAAUUAAAAACUGCAAUAAGACGGAAAUACUUAAAGUACAACCGUGUAGAAGUAUAUUUUAUCAAGUACACAUCCAAGAGUUAUUUUUAAUUUCUCAUAACACCCCAAGUUUGAGAACCGCUGCUUUAGACCAAUGCAAUAAUCCUUUUGUUGUCUCAUAUGGAGCCACCAAAGGGAAUUGUCGUUAUUUAAUUUUUUUCAUGCUUGAUGCCCUUCCUGACACAAUCCACUGCAUUUAUCAGGGUCUGGGACUGGCAACAAAGCAAAAAAAACUGUAUUCAAUUCUCAUUUAAGUCUAUUAAAAAACACACAUAUUUUAAAGUUUUUAUUUUAAAGGUCCUAAAUUACGCAAAACUGACUCUCGUGAACUUUAAGCCAUGUUAUUACCGACUCAAAAACAGACCUGGAGUUGUGUUUUGUUUCAUCCACGUAUGUUUUAGUUGCAGUAUUUGUCUGUCUACAUCUGCAAAGCUCGGAAAAGCUUCGGAAAAGAUAAAAAGUUAAUACAUAAACACUGAACGGGACAUAGAGACAGAACACAUUAGACAAAUUGUAUCCUAUUAUAGUAAAUUUAAAUAAGGUUACGGCGCAUUAUGUCCAGCGUAUAAGUCCCAUUUAGUCCAAAGUUUGUCAAAGAGGUUCAUUUUCAAAUUAAAUCAAAACUAUAAUUUUUUUUGGGGGGGGGCAGGGACAUCAUUUUGAAGUUGAGUCAAGUUAACAGCUCCUUUUACCAUUUGUUCAGUAGAAAUUGGCAAUUCCAGGGCUGAAAUCUUCAAAUGAUUCUAGUGAAGGUGUGUGUAGUUUAAAAACACAGUGGAGCACUUCCUGUAUUACUGUAUUUUUUUGGAUUACAAGUCGCACCAGCCAAAAAAUGCGUAAUGAAGAAGACAAAAAACAUAUAAGUUGCACUUUUUGGGUGAAAUUUAUUUUAUAAAAUCAGAAAUCAGGAACCGACAUUUCAUCUUGAAAGUCAAGUUCUAGUAAAAACAACAGAACAGAGAACAACAGACUGUUAACGUCACAUAUGAACAGUUCUUCAGAUAAUUAUAACAUAAACAACAGAACAGAACAAGUUUACCAAACUCUCCAUCUCACUCCAAAUCAUUAAAUCCAUUGAAUUCUUCAUUCUCUGUGUCACUUCUGAACAACUCCAUGACCUCCGGAGGUGAACUGAGCGCCGCUUCCUCUUCUGUGUCGCUGUCGUCAGACUCAGCAUCAGUUCCAGUUAGAAUUAUUCCAGCCUUUCUGAAUCCCGACAGGAUGGUUUUGUUGUCAUUGUUUGUUUAAAUUUGAAAUUUUCAGUAGUACAGAAGUAAUGUUGCGAUCGACUGACAUGAAACAGACAGGACAGUGGCUCUUUGAGACAUGCGCAGUAGAGUCAAGUGACAGUGACAGAAAAUUUUAUUAUAUUAGUCGCAGGACCUCGUCUGAUUCAUCAGCCGCUUUCACUUUGUGGAAACCAUCUGACCUUGCAGCAUUAGAUUUCGUUCACUUGACAGUAGACGAGUACUUUUUUCAUUUAACCAAUCACUAUUAUUUGGUCAUGUUGUAUGUAAUGCGCCGCUAACGGGGAUAACUGGUAUAUUAAGCUUUUCCCAAAUCCCGAUAGGAAGAAGGACAAUAACGUCUUUCCCCUCGAUAAAAUUCACCAAACAUUCUCUUUGUUCUGACUUUAAAGCCUCGAUCUCAGGAAUCGUUGACAACACUGAAUAAAUGGCUCUUCACUUAUUGGCUGAUGCCUGAACUUGCACUUCCGGGGUUUUUGCGAAUCGUCUAGUGUAUUCUGAUUCCUGACCUAGUCACUGGAGAGAAACGAAAUUGACCACCUAAACCAUGAAAAAAAGUGCAACUUAUAGUCUGAAAAAUACAGUACCUGUAAGAACCUAAAUAUACAGGGUUUGUGUAUUAAUCAAAGCGUCACUAAACACCAAAAUCACUUUUUUCUACUGAUUAUGUGUAUAAAUGGCUCUAAAAUAGAAGCGUACACCUCUCCCUGGCCUUAUUUUAGCAUUUAUGUUUUUGUGUUUUGAGUAAAUUUGACUUGACAAGUAAAAUCAUCUGCCAGUGGAACAAGACUUUUUGUACUUAAAAUAUGAAAAUACAUCUUGCUACACUUAAAAUAAGAAACAAAACCGAAUGUUGCUUGAAUUAAGAAAAACACACUUAGAUAAUUUUACUUGUCAAAUUGAAUCGAUUCAAAUAUAGUAAAAUGUUCUUAAUUUAAGUCAUUUUAACUUAAUUAGAUAUUGUUUUUUUCCAGUGAGUUAAGAGAAGAAUUAAACACGUGUAAAUGAAGCAAAACACAACUCCAGGUCGGGUUUUUGGCGAGGAAAUAACGUUAUAACGGAUCAGAAAACGGCGUAACAUGGGCUCUUUAAAUAUCAUUAUCGUUGCCAUACACAUUUUGAAGAGAGUUUUUUUUUGUGCCAUAUUUGAUUUCUUGGUGGAACCGCUCGUCCGCUUGGAUUUGUGUCUUUUUGUAAAUGUUUCUGGUCUGUUUUUACGUAGCGCGCAGCUGCUUUAGAUUCAAUGACGCCGGCGUUGGCUUCGUGCUAACGCGAUGCUAGUCUUAGUGCUUUGAAAUAACCACAUUAUUACAUUAACUCUGCCAUGCCCACUCUUCUCCACCUCUAUCUACUCUUUCUCUCUCUUCCUUCUCUCUUUGUCUUCUCUUUUCGGUCUCAAACUCUCCUCUCUUUUGCUCUCUUACUCAUCCUCUUCCUCUCCCAUCCCAUUUUUUAAAUCAGUUUUUCACUCGUCACAUCCCCAUUUCUCCUCACUCCUUCCUUUCUUUCUCGCUUCAUUCCUCUGUUCUCUCUCCCUUCUCUCAUCCACCCUCUCUCUUCUUCCUCCUCCUUCUUUCUCUCUUUUUCCCUCCCCUCUCUUCUCCUCUUCCUCCUCUCUCGCCUUUCUCUUUUUUCUCUCUCCCCCUCUUGUUUUUUCUCUCUCCUCCUCUCUCUCUUCAUUCUUCUGUCCACUCUUCCUUUUCUCAUCAUCCCCCUCUCUCCUUCUCCUCCUCCUCUUCCUUUUCAUCAUUAUCUCUCUCCUCCUCCUUUCUCCUCCUCCUUCUCCUCCUCAUUUCUCUCUCCUCCUCCUCCUCAUCCCUUCUCUCCUCCUUUCUCCUCCUCCUCCUCAUGCCUUCUCUCCUCCUCCUCCUUUCUCCUCCUUCUCCUCCUCCUUCAUCCUCCUCCUCCUCUCUCCUCCUCCUCAUCUCUCUCUCUCCUCCUCUCACUUCUCCCCUCCUCCUCCUCAUCAUCUCUCUCUCCAUUUUCCUUUUGUUUCUUUCUUCUCCUCUCUCCUCUUUCUCCACCCCCUCCCCUUCUCUCUCUCUCAAUCUCUUUCUUACCCCUUCUCUCCUUCUCUUUCUGUUUCUGUCUAAAGCCACAUGAUCUUGUAUUUAGUCUCUCCUUCCUCUUCUUUUCGUUUAUAUCUGGAGAAAAGCAGGCUUGUUCCCACACAGAUGCGCCUCUGACUUUUUGCAUUCCUUUUGUACAUUUUUGACUGAAUUCAAGAUUAAAACGGCUUACAAACCUCA